AUGUUGCAUCAAUUAUUAGUUUUGAUUUUCAGAAGUCGAGUUGGUUUUCCCGCGGUGUCGCGGUGGACUUCAAAGGUUAGCAAAAUGACUGAAGCUGAGAAGAAGAGCUUUCUCGCUCUCGCAUGUGUUCGAGAAAUAUUAAAUAUGGAUUUUUGGCGGGCAGGAGAGAAAAAAUUACAGUAUCGUUUUGCCUUCAAAUUUAUAGAUAUCGAAAGGGUGUUUUUUAAACAUUCAAACAGGGAUCAGCAUGGGUCAGGAGUGCAAUAUCAUUUUGCGCUUGCAAGAGCAUUUCUAGCAUCACGCGCUCCUGGUAAACGACAGAUCAAGCCAAAUGCAAACGUUUUGCUCAACACUCUUCCGCUCAGCGAUAGUGAUGAAGACGACGACUUCGUUGUGGGGAAAGCUGAUGAAGAUUGUUCGUCCAAUUCCGAUUCUGGUUCUUCGAGUAGUGAUGGUGACGAAGAUGAUGAGCCAAAUGAUGCGCAGUCUUCACAUUCGAAUGGGUCUAUCUUGGAAGAAAGCCAAAAUAAGGACGUAACAUCUGAAAUGAAUUUCAUGGGAGCGAGUGGAUAUAAUUUUCAGUCGAAUCAUUUGAUUUGCACACUGUGCUUAAAUCUACGUGCUGUUGUGCGCAACGACGAAGUAAUUCAGUGCGAUAAAUGUGGAGUGGCAGUUCAUGAGAAUUGUUACAUAAUCGAUAAUCAAAGUGACUCAGAAAGUGAUGGUUCUAGCUCGUCAACUGAACCCUGGUUCUGUGAACCUUGCUUAUAUGGUCUUAAGGAGCCACCGUACUGCGAGCUGUGCCCAAAUCGAUUUGGUGCUUUCAAAAAAGCUGAUAUUGGUGGUGGCUGGGUGCAUUUACUGUGUGCGCUUUAUACUCAUGGUAUUACAUUUGGUGAUGUUGAGCGCUUAUCAGCUGUCAGCUGGCAAGAACAAGAUUAUAAGUUAUUUGGCAAAAAAGCUUGUGUCGCAUGUUCUGAUCCGUUGUUAGCACGUACUGGUAUUGCGGUACCAUGUGAUGCAGCACUGUGCAAAAACCAUCUCCAUGUUACUUGUGCACAGAAGCUAGGUUUGUUGGUCGAUAACACGGAGAAUACCAACCCUACAAAUUCAUCAGACACCAAAAAGAAAAAUAGUAGCUGUCUUACAUCGUGUGAUGUUGAGACCGUUGACCCACUUUAUUUGACUUGUAAGCGUCAUGGAAAUGAAGCUUUAAUGAGACAACGAAAAGCAGCAUGUGCUUUGGUAUACGCUCAAGAAGAAGCUCGUAUGUUGAAAAUUCGAAGACGAGUGUUGAAUGAUCGAGAAGAGCGAAAAAGAAUACAAAUGGCAGAAAGGCAUAAAAAGGCACUGAAAGACUUGGAAGGCAUCACAAUUGUGUGGCCUGAGAGCGACAACAAGCGUCCCCGUAUGCUUCAUACCAGUCCCCAGUAUCUCGAAUUAUUUUUGGAGAAGGCGGAAAGUAACGGAAAAAGUCGCCAGAAAUUUCUGGAAAGUUUUACCAGGGUUGAUGGUGCUCAAUUGCCGUACUUACCUCCCGGUUUUUCUAGUGAAUUUAUUGAGUAUUUCAAUCAUCGGGAAAACUAUAUUAUCGAGGAAACAAAGAAAGUAGAGACUUUGAAACGUAAAAAUGAAAGCUUAGAAACGGAACAUAAAAAACUUUUGGAACUAUUACAAGCAGAUGCGUCAAAAAUGUUUGCUGAUGAUUCAACUGUUAUACAAGACUGGUAUGACACACUUCAUGCUUUGGGACUUCGAAAACUUCCGAAAGAAAAGCCAACAGCACCUACAGAAAAUAAAACAAAGUAUCAAAAUCACAUUGCGAUUUUAAUAUGGAAAAGUAUGGCGAAAAAAGUAACAAGUGUGUCAAGUCCAGAUAAAUCUCAGAAGAAAGUUCAAAUUUCACCAAAACCGGCAGCCCAGAAAAACGAUAUAGUAAACAUUGAUAACGCGAAGGGGACCGACAUAAAAAUGAGUCUCUGCGAAAAAUGCAGAAAGUCUUUUAAGGAAUUUUUACAGAUAACUGAUGAAAACCCUAUGACGCAGUGCAGCGACUGUCUCAGACACUUUCAUUUGACAUGCUUAGAAUCGUCUUUAUUUGACUUAACGGAAAAUUUGAUUACUCAGGGUUGGAAGUGUUCGUUAUGUUCAAGUUCAAAUAAUGACGGAAAUAAUAACCCGGUAAAAAUAUUAAAUGCACAAAAUAAAGAACAACAUCGUGAUACGUUACCUGGCGCAAAGAAGGCAGAGACCUGCCGAAAAAAUUCCACGAAGUCUGCUUCUGUUUCUUUAAUGGACGAGACUGCUUCUACUGGCGCUUCUAGUGUUGCAAGCACUUCAGGUCGUUCUCCAACGACUGGAUCCCGUAAACGACAAAAUGCAGAUCGUAGAGCAAGAAAAACAGUUAGUAAUAGUAAUGGAGUUCAAUCAGAUACCAGUCCGAUCAAUAAAAGUCUUGAUGAGUCACCGACACCGGAAGUGGUUAAAAAAAAGCGCGAAUGUAGAGUUAAUUCGUUGCCACCUACAUUGCCAAAGCUUGAGUCAAAUGAAACUGCUCACUUAGAUGAUGUUGCUCAAAAUUAA